AUGGAGAACAAACGGAAAGGCCAAAGAAAGUCUACAAGAAAUUCACGUACUAGCAGAGCGAACAACCAAAAUUCUCGAGACAUACAAUUCAAGCCGUCAAACACGUCAAAGACAAAGGCACAACAGCAGCCUAAGCAACAGCCGAAGCAACAACCUAAAGCUACAUCUAAGAUAAAAAAAACUACGCAAACGAUAGUAAAGAAACCUGUCAAGAAAGUAACUUCCGUAUUAUUGGGUCUUCCAGAUGGGGAAUUAUCUCUUAACGAAGACGUUGAUCCAUAUGCUAUAAAGAUAGGAGGCGUACCGAAUUGGUUACUUCCGUCUUGUCCCGUGUCAGAUCAUGUAAUAAUAUGCAAGAACUGCGAUGAGCAAAUGUUUUUGCUUUUUCAAGGAUACGCACCACUACAAGAUUCACCAUACGAAAGAGUGAUUUACAUCUGGGGAUGUAACCGACAGAGAUGCAUGAAGCGCGAUGGCAGCUUUUGCGCAAUCCGAGCCCAGAGAUUCGAUGAAGAGUAUGCAAAACAACGCCAACUAAAGACAAAAACUAUACCAAAUGACACAAACACGCUAUCAAUGUCGAACGUUGAUUCACUAUCGCAAGGCCUCGCGAAACUAAGCAUAAAUCAACCACAUUCUUUUAUAUCAACAUCGAAAUCCAUAUCCUGGUCUGAUAAUAUUCGACAUUUCCCUGGCCAGUGUUUGUAUGUUACUGAAGAAAUUCUUGAAGAAACCACGGAUCCAUUGUUGAAAAAGUACGAUCAAUACUUGACGAUGGAGAGUGAAUUUCUUGAUGGGACAGAAGACGAUUGGUCGGGUGAGCAGUAUGAGAAGGCAACUCUUCCGAAAGGCGUCGAUAGAGCAUUCAAAGGAUUUUCAGAGCGAGCUGCGGAAUGGUCUGAUCAAUGCGUUCGGUACGACUUUGGGGGCCAGCCUCUUCUCUACAACAAAAGCGAUGCCAUUGCCUCGCUUCUACUUGAGACGUCGUCGACAUCUUCCAACUUGCUGGAAACAACAAAUGAUCGUAUUCCCGUAUGUUCCUAUUGUGGAGGACAACGCGUAUUUGAGCUACAACUCAUGCCUAAUACCUUGUGCGUAUUGCAGACGAGUAAUUUCGUAGACAAUCCCGUUUGUGAUGUUAGACCAGGACAGAACACGAGGAUGGGGAUUGCUCAGUUUGAUCUGGGUAUGGAGUGGGGUACAAUUAUGGUCUUUACGUGUCGAAAUAAUUGUGACGCAUCUGGCAUGGCGAAUGAUGGAGUUGCUUAUUAUGAGGAAUGCGUGCUGGUCCAAUAUGAAGAGUAA